AUGUCAACUUCAAAUUCAUUAAAAUCACCUACUGAUAUCAACAACAAUAGUAUUAAUAAUGACACAACAACAACAACAACAACAGCAAUGGUUGAAAAAGGAUAUAUAAAGAUAUCGAAUGACAUUGAUAAACCUUUAAAGAAAUAUAUUUAUAAAUUAGAUAAAGAACAAUGUAUUCUAUCUUUUUACAAUAAAAACAACAACAACAAUGAUGAUAAUAGUGAUACAGAUAUAAAUAUAGAAAUAGAAUCACCAGAGGAGUUUAUAUUAUUAAAAGAUGUAAAGAGUUUCGAUAUAAGUGACCACUUUCAAACCUCUCAAAAGAGACACACCGUUCAAUGUGAGUUGGAAGAUGGCACAAUGAUAUUCCUAGUAUCUAAAACAGUCAAUGAUAGAAAUCACUGGUUAGAGCUACUUAAAGAGUACACCAUACCAAAGAUUGAUAUCAAUGGUAGAAAUGUUACAAAUAUGAAUAUAAAUAAUGUAAAUAAUAAUAGUAAUAAUAAUAGUAAUAAUAAUAAUAAUAAUAGUAGUAAUAAUAAUAAUAGACUAGCAGAAGAGUUAGAUAAUUGUAUAAAUAGUAAUAAUAAUAAUAAUAAUAAUAGCAAUGUAAUGAGUUCAUCUACAUUACUUAUAAAAGAAGUAAAAGUUAGUGAUUUAGAGGAUAAAGCAGUCGAUGAGAUAACAUCGAAUAGUUCCUCUUUAAUGUCGUCACCAUCGACCAGUCAUUCUAGGAUGACCAACUCUGUAAAGUCAUUCGAUGAUAACAAUAACAAUAAUAAUGAGGAACAAAUAGAUAAUAAUGAUAAUAAUGAAGAUAGUAAUAAUCCACCUGGUUAUACAAGAAAAAAGAUAAGUUUUAAACGGUCACCUCUUAAUGAUGGUAGUUCACCAUUGCUCUCUGCAUCCAACCUAUUGUCUUCACCAAUAAUAACAUCAUCUAUUUACAUACAAAAUAGUAAUGAUAAUAUUAACAUUAACAAUAGCAAUAACAAUAGCAAUAACAAUAACAAUCAAUAUCAUUCAAACAAUGAUCAAAAUAGUAGUACAUUUGGAAUAUCAUUCAGUCGUAUUCCAAUUAACCAUAAUCAUAAUCAUAACAAUAACAAUAGCAAUAGCAAUAACAGUAUUAAUAAUAAUAAUCAAAUAGGUGGAUUACAAAUGGAUGGAAAUGGAUUCUAUAUAAUUAGAGAACCAAGACAAUUGCAGGUGGUAGUAGAUCGGACAAAGGGUGGCGAUUAUUCUUUUGCAGGUGUGUGGGCAGGCCAGUUCAAGUUGGAGUGGAAACCGCUAUCUAUGCAAUGGCGACUGAGUGACGAUGGCAGUAAUGUGAUUGGACCUGCUACACCGCCACGCGAUGAAAUCAUCAGGAAGAUCAAAGCUGACUAUGACAACGCUGUGAGUGUUGGUAAUCAGCUGUAUGCCGAAAUGCUAAAGGAUCGUCAGCAUGCCAUCGAGAAUUCACCGGCCUACUGCUAUGACUUGGCCGGAGAAAUAACCAUUGCCUAUCGCAAUGAAAAGUGGGAAUUAUUGAAAGCACCGAUUCCACUGACACUCAAAAACAUCUCACCAUUCAACAAAGAUUAUCAAUCAUUAAUAAAUUCACCAAGAUCAUCAUCAUCUUCAUCAAUUGGAAAUAACAACAAUAAUAUACAACAACAACAGCAACAGCAACAGCAACAGCAACAACAGCAACAACAACAACAACAACGUCAUCAACAACAACAACAACAUCAAAGGAAUAACAGUAACAAUAGUUCAAACUCUGUAAAUACAAGUCAAUUAUUCUCAAGUGUAAUUGGUGGUAUUUCAAAUGUACAACAACAUCAGCAGCAACAAGUUCAUCAACAACAAAUACAACAAUUGGAUAUAGUAUUGAUAGAUCAAUAUUUGAAUGCGGUGAAGAAAGCUGUAUUUGAUAUUGAUGAUUACUUUGGACAUAAUACGACUUUGAGUGAAAAGAUAUCGAUGGGUGACGAUACAGUUCACAAGAAGAUUGCUAAUUUGGUGAGAGGAAGACUUGCCAAUGCAGUUGCCAACAUUCUAUCACACGGUUUCAUAGUGAACAACAAUAGAUUACCAUUUAUAAAGCGAUCCAAUCAUAUCUGGGACUUUAUCGAAAGUAGCAGGAAGUUGACCAGUCAUUCAUCGAUUGCCGCCAAGGCAUUGGCACAGUCAGUGUUAUCGAUUAACCAGUUAGAGGAAGUACAGUCGUCGUCCUCGUCGUCGGCAGUAGAGUACGCAGCACAGUGGAAAGAUCCAAACAAGAAAUUCCGAACUUUUAUUUGUCUCGGUCUGAAUUGUCAGAUGUUGGAUCAGUGGAUACAUAUCUUAAGACAGAAUCCUAGCGUUCCGAACUACUAUGAGCAGACGGCAUUCAUUCAUCAACAGGAUGCAUGGAAACAACUGUGUCAGUGUUUUAUACCGCUUGUUAACCUACCUUUUAAACUAUCGAUCGAUUAUGAAUGUAAAUUGAAACUUUCACAGGUCUAUACUUCACAGAAUUCGACCAACAUAAUGAUGAUGUCAUCGCCCACAGCCUCACAAUCUUCAUCUUCGCCAUCCACUGCAUCGUCACCAUCUCUAAGUCCAUUGGAGUCACCAACCAACAACAACAACAAUCAUGACACAUUAGAACAACUAAAAACAUCAUUCAAUACACUAUCGACAUCAAUCAUUGGUUCUACCAGUCAAAUAUUCCAUUCAAUACCAGACACUACUAUAAACCUUAAAAAGAAAAUAUCAAACAACUUUAACUAUUUAACAAGUUCAAUGAUUGGUAAUACACCAACAUUAAAUAAUAAUAAUAAUAAUAAUAAUAAUAAUAAUAGCAAUAGUAGUGACAAUAACAAUAACAACAGCAAUGAAAAUGUAACAACAAAAGAAGAAGAUAGACAACCAUCACCAACAAUCACUGCAACAUCACCAAAAUCCGACAAUGAAAAUGAAAAUGAUAAUGAAACUAUUGUUAAAGAUGAAACAGAAUCGACAACUACCACUACCGCUACUACCACUUCUAAUAAUACAACAACUACAGAUCAUGAUAAUCAAAAUCCCAAUGACAUCAUACAACGAAUUCAAACAUCUCUAAAACCAAUUUCCCAAAAGAUUGAAGAUUUCUUUGAUGGUUACUAA